AUGGCGUCCUGGAAUUCUACCGUCGUGUUUCCCAACCAGACAUCUACCACAACCUACCUCGGCGUACUCGACGAUGUGAAUAAGUACAACGUCCAGCUCAACGCCAUUGAGCGCCUAUGGGCGGCGUGGUACCUGUGGAUGCAGAACGACAUCCUCGCCACUGGCAUCAUGACCUUUGUCAUGCACGAGGUCGUCUACUUUGGUCGCAGUCUGCCAUGGAUCAUUAUCGACGCCGUUCCCUACUUCCGCAGGUGGAAGAUUCAACAGGCACGUCACUCCACAUCCGCCAUGUCUAAUGCAUUCGGCAGGAUCCCAGACAUGAACGACUACCACCCUCACUUCACCGUCGAGCUUCCGCAAAUUUGGCUCUUCCACCCCAUCGCCACCUGGUGCGGUCUCGACUACGGCGUGCCCUUUCCCGCCUGGUGGAAGAUGGCCUACCAGAUCGCAAUCUUCUUCGUCCUCGAGGACACUUGGCACUACUGGAUGCACCGUGGUGCCCACUGGCCUCCCCUGUAUAAGGCCGUCCACAAGAUGCACCACUACUACUCGGCCCCCUUUGGCAUGACGGCCGAGUACGCCUCCCCGAUUGAGGUCAUGUUCCUUGGUCUCGGCACCGUUGGGUCCCCCGUUCUAUGGGUCCUCAUCACAAAGGACCUGCACCUCUUUACCAUGUACAUGUGGAUUGUCCUCCGCCUGUUCCAAGCCAUCGACUCGCAUUCCGGUUACGAUUUCCCCUGGUCUCUGAGGCACUUCCUCCCCUUCUGGGCCGGUGCCGAGCACCACGACGUGCACCAUGAGAAAUUCAUUGGCAACUACGCGUCUAGCUUCCGGUGGUGGGACUACCUCAUGGAUACCGAAGCCGGCGCGGAAGCCCACCAGCGUAGACGGGAGAAAAAGUUGGACAAUGCCAAGAAGGCGCAGUAA